AUGAUGGGACAGACAGCGAGAAGAAGAAGGAGUCCCGGCCCAUGGAAGAGCAGAAGGUGACGCUGGAAGGACCCAGGGAGGAGCCCCAGAGCCCCAAGGUGGCCAUGGACCACGACUCUCCACAUCAGCUGGGUGACAAGCCAGGUAGCCAACUACAAAGACGACCCCGAAAAUGCUCUUUCAAAGGGACGUACGCUGAAGACCUUCAAGAAGACGCAACCCAACCAAGGAGCAGCUCCAGAGGGAAGGUGUACAAGUGUGUGGACUGCAAGAAGGUCUUCACCUGGGGGAGCAGCCUGACCCGUCACCGACGGAUCCACACGGGGGAGAAGCCCUUCAAGUGCCUGGAUUGCGGGAAGAGCUUCACGCAGAGCGUGAUCCUCCUGCGUCACUGGAGGACACACACCAAGGAGAAGCCCUUUCUCUGCACCACGUGCGGGAAACGCUUCUCCUGGCGCUCGGACCUCAUCACCCACCAACGCAUCCACACGGGAGAGAGACCGUACGCCUGCUCGCACUGCGAGAAGACCUUCCGGAAGAGGUCUCACCUCAUGAGGCAUCAGCAAGUCCUCCACGACGGCACCAAGAGCAUCCAACCGGAGCCAGGACAACCACCCCGAGUGCCGGAGGAGAAGUUGGAGAGCAAGAAGGAGCAGACACCGAUGAGACAAGGGGGUGGCGUGAAGAAAACCCACGCAGCCACGCGCAAGCCGGUGGCCCGCGCCAAGCAGAAGACCCAUAAAUGCCCAGAGUGUGGGAAGACCUUCUGCUGGAGAAACAGCCUGCGGCGCCACCAAAGAAACCACACGGGAGAACGACCCUACGAGUGCCCAGAUUGCGGGAAGACCUUCAACGACUUCUCCAACCUCGUCUCCCACCAUAGGAUCCAUAAGGGGGAGAGACCGUACGAGUGCCCUGAGUGCGGGGAGUGCUUCACCCAGAACUCGAGCCUUUCCAGGCAUCGGAGGACCCACACCGGAGAAAAACCCUUUUCCUGCUCUGAUUGCGGGAAAUCCUUUACUCAGAAGCAAAAACUCGUCUUGCACCAGCGGAUCCACACCGGGGAGAUGCCGUACAGCUGCCAGCGAUGCCAGAAAGCCUUUCGGAGCAGCACCCACCUCGCCACCCACCAGCAGGUCCACGCGAAGGAGAGCUCCCACGCCUGCCUGGUCUGCGGGAAGACGUUCAGCGUGGGCGCCGAGUGUCUUCUCCAUCAGAGGACCCACUUGGAGGAGGCACCGGUGGGCCAAGGAGCUUCUCCGGGGGGUGACGCGCCGUGA